UUUUUUUUUAACCCUUGUUUGCAGGAUGGGGGCCAAGUGGCAGCGUAUUCGCAGCAUCCUGAAUCCUCGGAUGUUGAAGCCCAAACACGUCUCCUCCUACUCCAACACCAUCAACGCCGUGGUGACGGACUUCAUGGACAGAGUGGCCUGGCUGAGGGAAACCAGCGGACAGGGAGUUAUGGUCAAUGACCUGACUGCAGAACUCUACAAAUUUGCUUUUGAAGGGAUCUGCUCAGUGUUGUUUGAGACUCGUUUGGGCUGCAUGAACGAGGUGGUGCCCGAGCAAACCCAAAACUUCAUCCUCUCCGUGGGGGAAAUGUUCCGGCUCUCCCCCAUCAUCGUCCUCUUCCCACAGUCCGCCUGGCCGUACAUGCCUUUCUGGAAGAAGUUUGUUGCAGCGUGGGAUUAUCUUUUCAAAGUUGCUGAAGAGCUGGUGCAGAAAAAAAUAGAGGAGAUCCAGGAGAAGGUGCACCUGGACCAGAGUGUGGAGGGAGCGUACCUCACACACCUGCUGCUCAGCGAUCAGAUGACGGUCACCGAGAUCCUGGGCAGCAUCACCGAACUCCUGCUGGCAGGAGUCGACACGACCUCCAACACUAUCUCGUGGGCUCUUUACAACUUGGCGAAGGAGCCAGAGAUCCAGGAACAGUUAUACCAGGAGGUGAUAGGUAUCUGCCCCGGGGACAAGGUGCCAAACAGCGACGACAUCGCUCAGAUGCCGUACCUGAAGGCCAUCAUCAGAGAGACACUACGGUUGUAUCCAGUGGUACCAGGAAAUGCCCGACUCACUGUUGAAAAUGAGAUUGUGGUUGGAGAUCAUCUCUUCCCCAAAAAUACGCUGUUCCACUUGUGCCACUACGCGGUGUCCUAUGAUGAGAAUAUUUUCCCCAACCCUCACGCCUUCCUGCCGCAGCGCUGGCUCCGAGGAGCCGAGGAGAAGUCCAGGCAGCACCCCUUUGGGUCAGUGCCGUUCGGUUUUGGGAUCCGGGCGUGUUUGGGCAGACGGGUGGCUGAGCUGGAGAUGUAUCUCCUUCUGUCCAGGAUGAUAAAGCACUUCGAGGUGAGGCCGGAUCCUGUUGGAACCACAGUGAAGCCGAUCACCAGAACCCUGCUCUGCCCGGCGACACCCAUCAACCUGCAGUUUGUGGACAGACGAGCGGAGCCGAGAGCAGCGGCGGGGGUUUCUCUGUGAGCUGUUUUAGUAUUCACACUGUGUUCCCUGUGUGACACCCAGCACUUGUUUAUCGAGCGUUCACAUUAUGAGGACUGGCUGGGAUGCACCUUAACCCUUUGAAAGCUAAACAAAUUCACUUAUUUUCUUUCAAAAACACAGGAAGAAGGCAACGAACGCCUUAACACCAAAUGAUCCGAAAAUUCACAAGAAGGUAGUAAAAAAAACAGAAGUAUAUGAAAUUUACCUGAAAAUU